GCGUGAGCGCCCCGGAGACCCUAGGGCUAUGCGCCUAUAAAAGUCGGGCCCCGUGCUCCCGUAUCUCCCGCAACCGGUUCGUCGCGCCACAUCCGAUCCCGCCGCCCCGCGCCGAAACCCUAGCCGCCACUGCCCUCCAUUGCCGCGCCAAGUUGAGCUCGAAGCCUCGCCUCCCAGAGCCGCCUUGUCUGUCGCCAAGCAGCCCAGAAGCAAUCCCGGAGCCGCCACAUCCCGUUUGGGCCGAAACCGCCGCGUCCUCGGCUCCGGAACCAACUCCUCGCUCUACUCUGAUGACCUCCAUCCCUCUCCUCUGACGAACGGCAUCUACCGGACCUCCCCGACGUGUUUACGUCCCUGGGCCGUUACCAAUCUUCCACUGCCCCAGCACUACACUAAGCUCUGCCAGUGCGCUCCCCCGCAGCCAUGGCAAGCAACAUCACGCUGCUGCUGCUCCUCCUGGCGGCGAUCGCGUCCACGAUCGCUGAGAUGGACGAGAGCGAGCAGCACAUCGAUCCAGCGUCCACCAUCGCCGAGCUGUUGAAGGCGGCGGUCACGUCCACCAUCGCCGAGCUUGACGAGCCAGCCGACUGCGACGGCUACGGGACGUACAUCGUCAUGCUCGAGCCACCCGAAGGAGGCCAAGAUGCCGGUGUUGAUGCUGCCAGAGCGUUGCACCGCUCCUUCCUGCCAUCGGUGACGACGGCACAAGGCAAGCCGAGGCUGCUCCACUCUUAUCGGACCGUCUUCACCGGCUUCGCCGCGUGGCUGACGCAGGAGGAGCUCGAGGUCUCCUCCAAGCCAGGCUUCGUCCGCUCCUUCGACAACAACAUCUACCGCUAGCAGAUGACACCGACGCCGACCCCGACGCCGACGUCGGCGUCGUUCGUGGACCUGUCGAACCAUAUUGGGGAGUCCCCCGAUAACUGGCCUGGUGUCGGUGGAUACUUGCCUCUGGACAUGGACAACUGGCACGUCUGUUAAAGUAUAUAAUAGAAGGAAAAGACCGCGCGUUUCCGCAUCUGGUCUAAUGCAAUCGACAAUAAAUAAAUAAUUUUUUAAGCGAAAA